GGUUUAGUUAGUUGGGUUUCAUCCAAGAUACCAGCAGGUCGGGAACUGAACGCACAGAAUAACGGCAGCUACAGAAAAGUCAGAACCUGGACAGGCGGAUAUUAUCAUUAUUUUUUCAAUUCCACAAUCUAUUUUUCUUUCUCUUUCAAAACGUUUUGAAGAGGAGGGGGAGAAAUCCAGCAUAAUAAGCCCGCCACGCCCGGAGCUCUGCUAUAGGGUUUGUAAAGACUCGCUACGCAAAAGUUGUUACACAAACUUAUGUUUCCUCUUCACUAGAGAGGAACUUAACAGUUGUUCUCGCACUUCCUCAAAUUGCCUUGCUCUUGCUUCCAGGUCAGAAUAAGAAUGUUUUGAAGUUACUCAAAUGAGACACUCGGCGGUCUAAAAUGAUGCAGAUUUAAAGGUGCGCGGCGCUCUCCGUUCCUCACUUUUGCUGUGCGUGUCUGCCAUGUAAGGUGAAGCGUUCUCCUGGAGCAAUGACGCUGAGCUCCAUGGGGACCUGCUGCCUCAGUCCAGAGGCCAAAGAAGCUCGGAGGAUCAACGCUGAGAUUGAGAAGCAGCUCCGCAAGGACAAGAAGGAUUCCCAACGCGAGUUUAAGCUCCUACUGCUGGGUACUGGUGAAAGUGGGAAGAGUACUUUCAUCAAACAGAUGAGGAUCAUCCACGGCCGUGGAUACUCUGAGGAGGACAGGAAAGGCUUCACCGGACUGAUUUAUGAGAACAUCUUCACAGCAAUGCAGGCCAUGAUCCAAGCCAUGAGCACAUUACAGAUCUCUUACAAGUAUAAGCACAACCAGGAAAAUGCCGUCUUGGUCAUUGGCGUUGAUGUGGAAAGUGUGAAAACAUUAACAAACCCAUACGUGGAGGCCUUGGAGAGCCUGUGGAAUGAUCCGGGAAUUCAGGAAUGCUACACUCGGCGGAGGGAAUACCAGCUCUCAGACUCGGCUAAAUACUAUCUCAGUGACUUGGCUCGAAUUGCUGAUUCUGCUUAUCUGCCAACCCAGCAAGAUAUCCUAAGGGUCAGAGUGCCUACAACAGGAAUAAUAGAGUAUCCCUUUGACCUGGAGAAUGUGGUGUUCAGGAUGGUGGAUGUGGGUGGCCAGCGUUCUGAAAGGAGGAAGUGGAUCCACUGCUUUGAGAAAGUCACGUCCAUCAUGUUCCUGGUGGCGCUCAGCGAGUACGAUCAGGUCCUCGCCGAGUCCAACCAUGAGAAUCGGAUGGAGGAGAGCAUGGCCUUGUUCGAGACAAUCAUAAAAUAUGAAUGGUUCAGCGAGUCCUCGAUCAUUCUGUUUCUCAACAAGAUGGAUCUGUUGAAGGAAAAAAUCACGUAUUCACAUUUGGUGGACUACUUCCCAGAGUUUAAGGGUCCCCAGCAGGAUGCUGAGGCAGGACAAAAGUUCAUCCUGGACAUGUUCCUCAGUCUCAAUGUGAAUGAUGAGAAAACGAUCUACCCCCACUUCACGUGCGCCACGGACACAGAGAACAUCCAAAUUGUCUUCAAGGACGUGAAGCACUACAUCAUGCACUUAAACCUGAGAGAACACAACCUGAUGUGAGCGCCUGGCGCUCCUGCUGUAAUUUAAUCGUCACAGCGCAGCCCCCCCCAGACUGGGAGGGCUCUGCAGCAUCUCCGUCCGCCGCCGCCGCUCCUGCUGUUCCUGCUGUUUCACACUUUAAUCCAAAACAGGAAAUUGAAGCGCUUCAGAGCUUGUCAUCGAAUGACUGUACAGCCGAUGCAUUUCAAAUUUUCUUGUUAGACUCUGUAAGUGGAUGUCUUCGGCUAUUACAAAGUGUGACCUGCCAAUUAAAGUGCUGGCUUUCAGCGGAGUCUAAUAUAGCGUGCACUCUGAAAUUUAUCGAGCGCUAUGUGGACAUUUUAGAGCGGUGGAAAUGCACACUGGCAGAUUAAUAGGGGAGAAACAUAUUUUACUGGCUUCGGAUGCCUCGGAGGAAUUGUGAUGUAGUAGAUCUUCCAUCGGGGAAGCUGCGGGACUGGAUGCUCUGUGAAGACCAGCAUCACUAAAGUGGUGUUUGUCUUUAGAUUUGAGUUUGAAGCUUAGAUUAGGGCUUGACUAAAAAGGAACAGGUCAGGGAGGACACGAACAACACCAUUCAUGUAAAAGGGCACAGCGCAUGUUGCUGCAUUGCUGCAUGAGCUUCAGUUAGUGAGAUCUUGAUCAGCACUUUGGAUCUGCCUGUGGUGACUUUGCUAAAGAAAACUUUUUUGGGGAGCAUCCAUGUUUUAUGUUUGGUGGGGGGAUUAAAAGGGAUGUCCAGCAUUUUGGAGUCAAUUUACUGGGUAGUAAAAAAAUCACAUUCCUUCAGGGACUGAAGUCUUUAAAGUUGUAUCAUUUCCUUAAUUUGAUUAGAUUUUGCACGUACUGUAUAAUAUGGUGAUGCUUUGGUUUGAAUUGGUUUUAUUUUGGUGCGCAUUAAAGUCAGUGUUAAAAGGUGAAAUCCUAAAGUGAAAAUUAUUUUGAUCAAAUAUAUCAAAGAGAAAGUACUUAUGUUUACACAACCGUGUUCUUCUUAACAAUAACAGUGUGAGGUAGAAUAAGAUAGUUUCCUUCUCUGUACUUUUCUUUUUGUUGUCUGGUAUUAAAUAAGACUAAACUAGUCCUGUUCAGAUAAAAUCUUUAAAUAUUGUACAGAUAACUUAAAUCAAUAUUCAUGGUUGUGUUCCCUGUGUAAAAUAUUACACUUUUUUAGUAUAGAAGGUGGUAAAGUAGUUUUAAAAAGUGUGAAUACUGUUAUAAAAUGGAGUCCUUUUGACAAAAUCUUUAAUAAAAAGAAAACUCCAACCCAUUUGAAAAAUACAGUUCAAUUACUUUUCUUUUUUUCUAUAAAAGCUCAGAAAAGUUUGAAACUUUAGCCAUUUUCUUGACUGUACAGACAUUGAGUUUUAGAGCACCAGAUGUGACAGGUGUUUCCUCAGUGCGUCUGUCCAGGACAGAUGUCAAUUAGGUUUACCUGCUGAACAGAACAUGCAUUGGAGAGACAACUUGAUGAGUUAAACACAACAAAUAAUUUACGUGAGACUAUGGAUCUAAAAGAGGUUGCAAUACUGUACACUGCACGACAGCUGCAGUAGAAUUUUAUUUAUUUUGAUUAACAACAUCAAUGUGAUGGCCGAACAACAUCAGACUCUCAGCAUAAAGCAUAAACAAGACUGCAUCAUGUACUUCAUUCAGCAGACGUUCCUAACAAACCACAACACCGCUAUAAAAACAUCUUCCAGUACUUUAAUCUGCAACUAUUUUCUGAGUUAUAUUUAUAUGUGGGCCAAAAAAGUACCGUUCUUUACUACUUCACUUGAAGCUUCAUAAUUCUGUUAACAUUAAUAAUGUGACUAAUAUAUUUUGAUCAGUUAUAUAUAUAUAUAUAUAUAUAUAUAUAUCCCUUUUAUACCUAUGUAAAAGGAACCAAAUGAAGAAAAUAACUGACAGAAACAUAUACAGUUGUGUUCGAAAUAAUAGCAGUGCCUUUAGAAAAAUGAGUAAAUGUCAAAAUUCUUCAAAGAAAUUGUACUUUAAUGAACACAGAUACAUUGGGGACACAGUACAUUCUAUUCCAAAGCAAAACAAUUGCGCAAGGUCAUCAAAACUUAAAUGAUAAUAAUAAUAUUUCAAAUAAAGUAAGAAAUGGCAUGUUCAAAAGAAUAGCAGUGUUGCCAUCUUUCCUUGGAAACUCAAAAAUGUACUGUACAAACAAAGAAAUUCUUGAUAAGUGAACCUAGCUGAGUAUCCUAAACUAAUAUUUUGUUGCAAAACCACGGUUUCCGAUGACUGCUACACAUCUGUGGUGCAUGGAGUCAACCAACUUCUGGCAUCGUUCCACAGGUAUUGCAGCCCAGGAUAAUUGCACUGUAUUCCACAAUUCCUCAGCGUUUCUUGGUUUUGCCUCAUGCACUGCACUUUUUAUGUCAGCCCACAAGUUUUCGAUGGGAUUAAGGUCCGGGGAUUGUGCUGGCCACUCCAUCAGUUGAAUCUUGUUCAUCUGGAACCAUGCUUUUGCUCGCUUGCUGGUGUGUUUGGGGUCAUUAUCCUGUUGAAAGGUCCACCUCAAAGGCAUUUCCUCCUCAGCAUAUGGCAGCAUGACCUCUUCCAGGAUCCUGAUGUACUGGAACUGAUCCAUGAUCCCUUGUAUGCGGUGAAUCGGACCAACACCAUAGUAUGAAAAACAUCCCCAUAACAUGAUGCUUGCACCACCAUGCUUAAUGGUCUUCAGUGAGUACUGUGGCUUGAAUUCUGUGUUUGCAGGGCGUCUGACAUACUGCCUGUGACCCUUAGACCCAAAAAGAACAAUCUUGCUUUCAUCUGUCCACAAGAUAUUAUGCCAUUUCUUUUCAGGCCAGUCAAUGUGCUCUUUGGCAAAUUGUAAACGCUUCUGCACAUGUCUUUUUCUCAGCAGUGGGACUUUGCGGGGGCUUCUUGCUGGAAGGUUAACCUCAGUAAGACGUCUUCUGAUUGUCACAGUACUCACUGUCAACUGAAGGUCUUGCUUGAUCCUCUUGGAUCCCAUCAUUGGCUGAGUCUUCGCCAGUUUGGCUAUUCUUCUGUCCAUUCGAGGGGUUGUCUUUCUUUUUCUUCCUCGUUUUUCAGUUUUUUGCUCCCAUUUCAGGGCAUUUGAGAUCAUUUUAGCUGAACAGCCAAUGAUUUUCUGCACCUCUUUGUAUGUUUUCCCUUCUUUAAUCAAUUUUUUUAUUAGGAAACGCUCAUCUUCAGAACAGUGUCUGGAACGACCCAUUUUCAUUGUUUUUUCAGGAGAAAUGCACAGCCAGCAUGCCAGUUGUCUUGAUCCUUAAAUACGGAUCACCUGUUAACACCCUUUUUUCCCAGAAUACCCUCCCUAAUUGAUGCCCUCUCUAAUUGGACUCACCACUGCUAUUUUUUUGAACACACCCUUUUCAGUUAAUCAUUCAAUUUCACAGAAUCCACAGUAUGCAUGGCUGUCCUGUUGGGUUUGUUGGUUUUCUAUACCUUUAUUUUACCCCCCAGAAACUUAUCUGGGGUAUAGAGUUUGAAAUGUUAAUAAAACCAGUGAUUUUCUUGCUGCUGUUGAGGCACUGCUAUUAUUUCGAACACAACUGUAUGUUCACACAUAAGAGAAAUCCCUCUCCUGUUGAGGGCUAUAAUUGCAAUAAUGUAAUUAAAAGCUACUGCUACUGCUCUGUCUCUGCCCACAUGACAUAUCUCCUCUGAUUUCUCACCAAUAGUUGUGAUCGACAGCAAAUUUGAUAAGUGUGAGAGACUCCAUACAGCUUGAGUGUAACUCAAAGAACAGGUGGAGCAAUUAUGAUCAGGUUCUGCAAACUCAUUUACAAAAAUGUGUGUACAAAAUGCCAGGCCUGCUUCUGUCAGAACAGCUGGUUGUGAAGCAUCAGUAGAUAGAUUCAGUUUUCCUUCUCAGCGGAUUUAAUUGACAGAGGCUCUGUCAAGUUGAGAAACGAUCGAUUGCUGUUCGAAUUUUCAAUUUGAACAGCAAGAGAAAAAGGCACCUGACAGGGCUGCGCGUUGUUGUUGUUUAUUUUAUUCUAGGGUUUCCUUUGAGUUGUUGCAGCAACGGGAUGCUCACUAGGCAACGACACACGUGGCUAAUGCCCAGAGUUGGUCCUGAUUGGGGUUAUUAACCAUUUGAAAAUAUCUUCUGGGCUCAAGCUUUGACUUCCUGGCUGAUGUCUGGAUAUGUUGCUUCAGGAUUUGCAUAUAAUGUUCUUUCGUCCUGAGGUCUUUUAUUUUGUGCAGUGCAAAAUGGCAGCCUGUGGCAAAACACCCCUAAAACAUGAUGCGGCCACCCAUGUCCUUAAAAGUUAAAAUUGUGUUCUCAGGCAUUUUUCUGUUAUGCUCUAAUACUUCAAUAUUAAUUUAAUAAAGAGACAGAACAUGUCUUCAAAAACAUUGGUAAUUUUCCUUGAGGGCAUUUACAAACUGAUCUGGCUUUCUAUGUGGCUCACUUCUUCCUUUCUAAGUGGCCUUUCAACCAUGUUGCUACAUGACUUGUUCUGCCAGGAUUUUCACAAAGACUUUUGCUUUUGUUCUGUGGUUGAUUUGCACAUUUUGGACCGGACACAUUUUUCUUACAAAACAAGCUCCUUCAGCUCUUCAAACAUUUUAUUCGCAAGUACAAAUUUUUGAACAUAUCUGGAAAUUGUACCUGUGAAUGCACCAAUUCUUUUCCUUAUAUUUCAAAAUAUGUCCACAGAUUUGGCUCUUGUUAACUCGAGGGUCGUGAAUUGAAAUGCAGCCUCUAACCAGGGGGCUUUCCCAAAUUGCUUAAAAGGAUAGCAGAUGAUUUCAGUAAAUUUAACUGACCUUAAGUCAUCUUAAUA